UGCUCUGAGCAUCCAUCGCAAGGAGACCGAGCCCGCACCCUCCUGCACGAUGACGCUCACUCAAGCUGAGAAGGCUGCCGUGGUCACCAUCUGGGCAAAGGUGGCUACCCAAGCUGAUGCCAUUGGGGCAGAAUCACUGGAGAGGCUUUUCUCCAGCUACCCCCAGACAAAAACCUACUUCCCUCACUUUGAUCUCAGCCAAGGCUCAACUCAGCUUCGUGGUCAUGGCUCCAAGGUUAUGAAUGCCAUUGGGGAGGCUGUGAAGAACAUUGAUGACAUUAGAGGUGCUUUGGCCAAGCUCAGUGAGCUGCAUGCUUACAUCCUCAGGGUGGACCCAGUGAACUUCAAGCUGCUUUCCCACUGUAUUCUGUGCUCUGUGGCUGCCCGCUAUCCCAAUGACUUCACUCCAGAAGUUCAUGCUGCAUGGGACAAGUUCCUGUCCAGUGUUUCCUCUGUUCUGACUGAGAAGUACAGAUAAAUGGCCUCCACAGAGGGUGAGGGAUGCACAUCCGUGGCGCACCCCAGCUGCCAGGCUCUGCCCUUUCCUAUGCAGUCCUCUCAAAUCUGUGCAGGGGCUUGGUCAGCUGCAAAACCCAAUAAAUAAUUCAAUUGUGA